ACCCCUCCUUCUCCACUAUAUAAGGAGGAGGGAAGGGCAGCAGUUAAAAGGCAGAGGAUAUGAUGCCAUCGAAUCCUUAACAGGAGACACCGUCUUCCACGAUUGGAUUGGCAUCUCCUCCUCCUCCUCCUCCUCCUCCUCCUCUUACCUCGCUUUCGUUCUGAACACAACAAGUGGUAGACGUGUUUAUAUAUGCACUCAUAGAGCUCGUCGCAACAAGCGUCUCAGCAUGGUCCUGCGCACUCUGUCUCCACCCAAAACAGAGGUGAAUGCGACCAUAGCUACCAUGGCGAAGCCGGGGCCACCCGGGACGCCGUUGAUCUUCGACGCCGCCUUCCAUAGCCGGCAGGCCAGCAUCCCCGAGCAGUUCGUCUGGCCCGAAGGCGAGGCGCCGACUCCGGACGCCCACGAAGAACUCGUCGUCCCCCUGAUCGACCUCAGCGGGAUCAUGUCCGGAGACCCCGCCGCGGCUGCGGCGAUUACCGGGUCCGUUGCGGACGCGUGCCAACGGCACGGGUUCUUCCAGGUCGUCAACCACGGCAUCGACGCCGGUUUCCUGGCGGAGGCCCACCGCUGCGUGGAGGCCUUCUUCGUGAUGCCGCUCGCCGAGAAGCAGAGGGCGCAGAGGCGGACGGGCGAGAGCUGCGGCUACGCCAGCAGCUUCGCCGGGAGGUUCGCGAACAAGCUGCCAUGGAAGGAGACCCUCUCGUUCCGCUUCUCGCCCUCGCCGCUCGCCGGUGACAUCGUGGAGGACUACAUCGUCCGCACCCUCGGGGAAGACUUCCGUUAUUCCGGGGAGGUGUACCAGCGGUACUGCGAGGCGAUGAGCAACCUGUCGCUACAGAUAAUGGAGGUGCUCGGGCUGAGCCUGGGGGUUGGGCGGGCGCACUUCCGUGAGUUCUUCGAGGGCAACGACUCGAUAAUGCGGCUGAACUACUACCCGCCGUGCCAGAGGCCGGAGCUCACGCUCGGCACCGGCCCCCAUUGCGACCCCACCUCGCUGACCAUCCUCCACCAGGACGAUGUCCAAGGCCUGCAGGUCUUCGCCGACGGCAAGUGGCGGACCAUCUGCCCCAAGCCCGAUGCUUUCGUCGUCAACAUCGGCGACACCUUCAUGGCCCUGUCGAACGGGAGGUACAAGAGUUGUCUGCACAGGGCGGUGGUGAAUAGCAAGGUGCCGCGGAAGUCACUGGCCUUCUUCCUGUGCCCGGCCACCGACAAGGUGGUGCGACCGCCGGCGGAGCUGGUGGACGCCGACCAUCCCAGGGCGUACCCAGACUUCACGUGGCCCGCGCUGCUGGAGUUCACCCAGAAGCAUUACCGAGCUGACAUGAAGACGCUCGACGCGUUCACGAGUUGGAUUCUGCGGGCCGCGGCGCCGCAGUGAAGAGAGAGAGAUGCGGCCAGGCCUCGGAUUCAUUUUUGGUUCUUGCUAUUAGAGCUAAGGGGAGGGGUCCGAGUUGUGUGUCGACAAAUAAGGCUUCAACCAAUAAGAAGACAAGUCGAGACAGGAGGAGAAAGCGUUAUAUACAUGUAUCUGCCGGUUGCAUCCCUCGCUGUUAAAAACCUUUCA